UGGUGGGCAGAAACUUGUGCGGCUGACUUUGUGUUGCAUGCUCGUAACGCAGACACCACUUUUUUUUUCCUUUCCUCCCCACAAGAAAUUAUUUCGCUGUUUUUCCUCGCGGGAAAGUGAUGAUGAACCAGUCGGACGGAUUCUGCAGCGCAUAAAAAGUUGUGGAUGGUUCCUUUUACGCGCAGACAUUUAAAAGACUAUUUUAACUACAGAAGUUGCGGUACUGUACAAGAGCAGGUCAGAUUCUUCACUCUGCAAAAAUAUCGCCCACAAGCAGGCUGGACGACCAUCCACUCGGAAGAACACCGCGAAUCCGCAAAGCGCAGAUGAUCGCAACUGGUGUUUGUGGCGUCGCGCUGGUGCUGGUGCUGGUGGUUCUUAUUCCGGUCGUGGUGAACUCCGCCGGAACUCCCGCGCGCUACGAGAUGCUCGGGUCCUGUCAAAUGGUGUGUGACUCCCACGGGACCGCGGCCACGGCCACGGCCAAGGCAACGAACCCGGUCAAAGACAACCGUUUGGUCCAGUCGCUUCCCACGUUUAUCCAGGGUCCACAGGGAGAGCCUGGGCGCGUCGGAAGGAUGGGCCCCAGGGGUCCGAUCGGCGAGCCCGGGCCACCUGGACCCGCCGGACCGCCCGGGGAGAGAGGGGCACCUGGCCCUCCGGGUGCGCCCGGGACACCAGGUACAAAUGGGCCAAACGGUGCCAUCAGCGCAGCCACUUACAACACCGUGCCAAAGAUAGCGUUUUAUGCAGGACUGAAGAAGCAGCAUGAGGGAUAUGAAGUGCUGAAAUUCGACGACGUUGUCACAAAUCUCGGAAACCACUAUGAUCCUUCUACCGGGAAAUUCACUUGUUCAAUACCAGGGAUUUACUUCUUUGUUUACCAUGUGCUGAUGCGAGGCGGGGAUGGAACAAGCAUGUGGGCUGAUCUCUGCAAAAACAAUCAGGUGAGAGCCAGUGCCAUCGCCCAAGACGCAGACCAGAACUACGACUACGCCAGCAACAGCGUUGUCCUUCAUCUCGAGCCCGGAGACGAGAUUUACAUCAAGCUGGACGGCGGAAAGGCGCACGGGGGCAACAACAACAAGUACAGCACCUUCUCCGGCUUCAUGUUGUACGCUGAUUGAUACAAGGAGGAGAACUGCCGAGGAGGGAAGGGGGGGGGAAAGGCUGCUCUGCAUAUAGCUUCGCUUCACUGCUGUGUUCAGUUCAAUGUCAGCUGGAUUAUUUGAGACAGAGCUCAACGUUUCUUUAUUUCAAAAGAAUCGAGAAAGAUAUGGAGGAAGUCGCGCACAAAAAAUAAAAAAAACUGUACUUUGCAACAGGAGCAGCUGACAGUAUAAUUACAAGAUAAAAAAUAAUGAAUUUUAAUUUAUACAGCACAGAGUUGUACCCUUGUCAGAUUGAUUAGUGUCGCUAGUGCACCCUGAAUGAAUUGUUCCGCUUUACAAAUUAAGUUGGCUGAUAUAUGAAACAAACUAUGUGGUAACAUAUACCGAGUGACCGUAGAUUCAAAGUUGAAUGUAUCGACAUUUAGCACUCAAUUAUAGAUGCUAAUAAUAUACUCACAUAACUAAAA